AAGAAAAAAAGGCGCGCUUUAUAAACCAUGUGAUUAGAAGUAUUUAGGCCUUUUUUCUCUCUUCUUGUUCUCAACAUGUCUGAAUCAACCUCACGCGUAUUAGAAGCACUUUCUUCUUUGUAUAGCUCAACAGAUCGUCAAACAAAUCGAGAAGCUAGUCGUUGGUUGGAAUCCUUUCAGAAAAAGCCAGAAGCAUGGGCAGUAGCAGACUAUUUGCUCAAAUCAAAAGACACCAAUGUCGAAACACAAUUAUUUGCUGCACAAACCUUUAAACAAAAGAUUACUUAUGACCUACGUGAUCUCGAUCUGAAAGCACGUUUCGAGUUACGUGAUUCUUUAAUAGAUAUGCUAUGGCAAUCUUCUACUGGCUCGAAGGCUGUAAUGAUCCAGCUAUGUUUAGCUGUUGCCAUCCUGGCUAUUCAACUACUGGAAUGGAAAACUGUCAUUUCAGAUCUUGUUGAUAGAUUCAAUACUUCACCACAAGGUGUUGUUUGUCUAUUGGAAAUACUCAAGGUUCUACCUGAAGAAAUGAACCAAAAUGCAAAGCGACUACCCUUGACAGACGCAGAAUACAGAAUUCGAGGAGAAGAGCUGGUUGACAACAAUGCAAAACAAGUCUUGAAUUUACUUGUUGCCUAUAUGCAAUCGAGUGGAAAUGACACUGAUUUACAAGAGAGAAUCUUCAAGUGCCUUUCCAGUUGGAUUCGUACAGGUGAAAUGGAUAUUGCCAUGUUGAGUGCCACUCCAUUACUGGAGUUGUCUUUUAAGGGAUUAGAAUCGCCUGAACUGUUUGAUGUUGCUGUAGAUGUGGUGUCUGAAAUCAUUUAUGAGACUCGCGAUGUGAAUGAAUGCCAGUCUAUUAUCCAGCAAAUCUAUCCUUGUUUUAAUGUCAUGCUUCUCAAGCUAACUGAAGCCAUUCAAGAAGAAGACGAUGAAAGUGUGCGUGGUUAUUGUCGUAUUUUCUGUGAAGCUGGUGAAGCCUAUAUUAAUUUGAUUAGUAUGCACCCUCAAGCAUUCAGCACCUUGUUGGAGGGUAUUCUCAAAUGUUCUGCCUAUACUAAUCUUGAUAUUGUGCCCAUGACAUUCAAAUUUUGGUAUGAACUUACAAAUGCUUUGCAGACAGACACCUACAGUGCUUCCAUACCAUCUUUUGCACACUAUUAUGAUGCUUUGGUGGAUUUCAUGAUUGUUCAUUUACGAUACCCUGAAGAUCUGGACUCUAUGACAGCAGAAGAACGAGAUGAUUUCCGUGAUUUUAGACACAAGAUGGGAGACACGCUUAAAGAUUGUUGCCGCAUUUUGAGCCCACAAAGCUGUCUUGUAAAGCCCAUGAAUCUGUUAACAGCACUAUUGACUGAUCCUAAUGCUACUUGGCAGCAUAUUGAGGCACCUAUUUUCUCAUUGCGUGUGAUGGGGUCUGAAGUACCUAAGGAUGAGAACCAAGUGAUGCCUCAUAUCAUGGAGUUCUUGUCUCGAUUGCCUGACCAUCCCAAAAUUCGUUAUGCUGCUACCUUGGUGAUUUCAAGAUAUUCCUUCUGGACAGAAACUCAUCCCCAGUUCAUUACUUAUCAGCUUAAUUUCAUUUCUUCUGGUUUCCAAAAUGAAGAAGUAGCAGCUGCAAGUGCACUUGCUCUUAAACAUCUCUGUAGAGAUUGUAGUCAACAUUUAGUGGACUAUAUCCCACAAUUACAUGCAUUUUAUUUGAAUGUAGUAAAAUCGCUUCCCUUCCGAGAUAUUCUGGAAGUAACUGAAGCUGUCUCUCAUGUCAUGACAGUCAUUUCAGUAACUGAAAUACAGAAUGCAUUGCAAUUGUUCUGUCUACCUGUUGCUCAAGAAUUGCAUGGUUUAGUUUCUAAAGGAAAAGACGUAUCGAAUGAUGAAUGUAUAAAGAUUGGAGAUCUCCUUGAACAGAUCAAUGUCUUUUUUGAUAUAAUUCGACCUGACAUUCCAGUGGGUCAACCUCAUCCUUGUGUCACGUUUAUUAGUGAAUUAUGGCCGGUUUUAGAUACCACUUUGGCUCAUUUUGGUGAUCGUGAUACAGUCUCUGAACCCCUUUGUAAAUGCUUCAAUAGUUUUAUUCUUUCUUACGGUCCUCACUUUAUGCCCUUACUGCCUCAAUUGAUGGAGCGCAUUGUGAAUGCAUUCAACUUGACUGGUCUUAGUGGUUAUUUAUGGGUCUCUCUUAAGCUUGUGCGUCAGUUUGGUAAAGAAGAUGGUCAACGUCCUUGUUUUGAAUUUGUUCAACAAUUAAGUCAAAUCAUGUUUAUCAAGUUACAAUCACAACAAGUAAACGAUAUACCUGAUGUGGUGGAAGAAUACUUCCGUUUGGUUACUGCAUUAGUUGAUAAUGCACCUAUGUUGUUAUUCAAUGACCCCUUAUUCUCUACUGUAUUCCAAGCAGGUAUUGCCUGUCUAUCUGUCAAUGAAAUUCAUGCAUUAGAGGCCGUCUUGAAAUUCUAUUGUCGCUUGCUUGAGCUUACAGAUAAAUCACCUGCCAUUCUAGGUCUCUAUCGAGAACUUGGUGCUAAUUUAACCUCCAUUUUAUUUACUGGUCUUUGCGAUUUCUAUAGUCAAGAUGCAAUCCCUGAUAUAGCUAGUUUAUUCCGGUCUUUAGCUGAGGCUUUGCCUUCAGAAUCAGCACAAUGGAUUAUGGCAGCAAUCAACAAUGUCCCUGAAGACUACUUGUCUGCAGAAAGCAAAUCAGAAUUCAUGUCAAACUGGACAAGUGCAAUUACUGGUCAACAUUGGGCUAAAAUAAGAAGAAUUUUAUCGGACUUUGUGGCCAGUUUUCGUAGAAGAAAUGUCAGCAAAGAUCGACGCUGAAUAAAAUUUUUUUUCUUUU